AGACAAACUAAAAUCAUGCUUCUUCCGUAACAGAUAUUCCCUUCACAAAAUUCUAUGAAACGAGGUCUGCAAAUCAUAAAAUGGCUUUAAAAAUUUCAGUUCCCGGGAAGAUUAUAUUGUUCGGUGAGCAUGCGGUCGUUUAUGGGAAGGCAGCCAUAGCAGCAAGUGUCAACCUUCGGAGUGAUGUUGUUCUAUCACCAUGUAAAUCUGAAGAAGUUAGAAUUGCCUUUGCAGCUCUUGAUCUUGUUGCAUGUUGGCCUCUGAAAAAGCUUCAAGAUAUCUCCAAAAUGAAAUAUGUGGAUAUCAACAACCCUAUGCCUCUAAGUGACACACAACUCGAAGACUUAGUCCAGAUAGCUGCCAUGGGGAAGGACAGAUCCAAUGUGAAACUGCAAGCUGUACUCAUAUUUCUCUACUUCUACGUGUCUGUUGCAUCUUCACAUAAAGACUGUACUGCACAACAAAACCUUCUUUCAGGUCUUCUCGUAUCCGUGACCACCCAGUUGCCCAUAGCUGCGGGUCUUGGGUCGUCAGCCAGUUUCAACGUGGCACUAGCAGCAGCUCUUCUACUGCAGCAUGGAUAUGUCGGAGGUGUGGACAUGAAAAAAGUUGUAAACACAUGUACAUUUAUAGAUGAUGAAUGGAUAUGGAAUGAAGGUGACCUUGACCUUAUAAAUAAGUGGGCCUUCGAAGGGGAGAGAAUAGUGCAUGGGACACCAUCAGGGAUAGACAACUCUGUAGCAUGUUUUGGAGGUGCUAUAAAAUUUCAGAACAAAACAAUCACUCAUCUUGGACAAAUCCCGAACCUGCAGAUUUUAGUUACCAGUACAGGCAUUCCUAAGAACACAAAGACAUUGGUAGCAAAAGUAAAAGAAAGAAAAGACAUGAUGCCCGAUGUGUUUGGACCUAUCAUGGAAGCAGUUGAAGGGGUUACAGCCCAGUGCCUGCUGAGUUUUGAAGAACUGAAAAAUAACAGCCCAACACAAAAAGAUUCCUUUAAAAUAUUAGAGACACUCAUUGAUAUCAAUCAGAAUCUUCUGCAAGCCAUGGGUGUGAGCCACCACAGACUGAAUAGAAUCUGUGAAAUCACGCUAAAACACGGACUGCACUCGAAAUUGACCGGGGCAGGGGGAGGUGGUUGUACAUAUACGCUCAUCACUCCAGCCACGAGUGCAGAUGACCUGGAGAAAGUGCAGGUUGAACUUUGCAGUGAAGGUUUUGAGUGCUUUCUAGCUAAUAUUUGCUCAAAUGGAGUGACUUGUCAUAGAACGUAGCAACGACUUGUACAAACACAAGUGAAAAAGUAGCACAGACAUGUUAUUAUGUGAAGCGAUGAAAUUUAAAAAAAAGUAGCACUGACAUGUCAUAUUAAAUUGCGUGACUCAUAAAAUGUAGCAGUGACUUAUCAUAAGCAGUGAAUGGCUUGUCAUAAAAUUUAUCACUGAUGUGUCUCAAUUUGUAGCUGUGAUAAGGCAUCAAAUGUAGUACUGACCUGUCAUAUUAAGUGCAAGACUUGUCAUCUAAUGUAGCAGUGACAUGUUAUAAAAUGCAUAAUGACAUGUCAUAACGUGACUGAUAUGUAGUCAAAUGUAGCAGUGACUUAAAUUUUCAAUUUAAUAUGCCAUACAUUGUAUUAUUAAAGCAUUGAAUGACUUGUCACAGAUUGAAGCAGUCACUUAUCAGUUAUUAAACUAUGUACUGACUACUUAAAAA